AUGUCUCCUUUGAACACCUUCUGCGAGUCCAACGAAGGAUAUUGUAAGGACUUCCGGCGAGCCUUUUGUCAUCAGAAGAUUCCGGUUUUGCGCGCUGACGAUAUUCUAUUCUUGGUUCCAUCUCAAACCAUGUCCAUCAAGAUCUACGGCAACCUCACCAUGGCGGACAACUCUUCCAUCACCACCACAAAUUGCAGACGCAGUCGCCCAACCCCACCUGCGCUUCCCACUGAAGCAGGAACAAAUCCAGUUCCAAUAGAUCAACCACAAAGAACAAAUUCUGUGACCCGGCGCCGUCGAUCUUCGAGAAUUGCUCGACGUGCUGAACUGAGGAACAUACCAAUCUAUAGACGUCCACUUCCCUCUGCUUAUGAAGAUCUUGACUUCUGGUCAAAGAUCAGAACCUUACCACCCAAUCUUCUCCUUUACCUCUCGCCCGGGUGGCAUCCGGCUUGGUGCACCAAAGACCUUCUUCGCCAAAUAAUAUGGCACUUCAGUCCAAACCUCCGCAUCCCGUGUUGCACGCUGAAGGCGGAAUUGAUUGAACUUUUGGAAUAUCAUGUUCACAGCCAGUACGGCGCGUACUAUGGAAUCUAA